AUGCCUUUCGCCAUUAGACGGCCUGAGGGCGAGGUCGGUGCCGUUUGGCCCGCCAUUGCUGUCGGUGCAUUCGUUGCUUUUGGUGGUGUCCUAUAUGGUUAUGACACAGCAAUGGAUUACUGGCUGAGAUUGUUCGCUACCCACACCGACGCUGCAGGCAAACAUUACCUCACUGCCAGCCAGUCAUCCGAGAUUGUCUCCUUGCUCUCAGUUGGUACUUUCUUCGGUGCCCUCCUGGCAGCCCCCAGCGGUGAUUUCCUUGGUCGCAAGUUGGGUUUGAUGGCUUGGUUGUGUGUCUUCAGCGUUGGUGUUGUCCUUCAGACUGCUGCAACUGCGAUUCCCCUCUUCGUUGCUGGUCGUACUAUCGCUGGUCUCGGUGUCGGUGGUAUCUCAGCCUUGAUUCCUCUCUACCAAUCUGAGACUGCACCCAAGUGGAUCAGAGGAACUAUCGACACCGGAUCAUACCGCAUUCCUAUCGCCGUGCAAUUCGCUUGGGCCAUCAUCCUGUUCAGCGGCCUCCUCAUUCUUCCCGAGACUCCAAGAUUCUACAUCAAGCAGGGCAAGCACGAGAAAGCUGCUCGUGCUCUUGCCAAGCUCAGACGUCUUCCUGUCGACCACCCUGCCAUCGAGGGCGAGCUGGCUGAGAUCACCGCCAACCACGAAUACGAAAUGUCUCUCGGAAAGGCCAGCUACAUCGAUUGCUUCAAGGGAAAUCUUGGCAAGCGUCUUGCUACCGGCUGUGGUCUUCAAGCCCUCCAACAGUUGAGCGGUGUCAACUUCAUUUUCUACUACGGAACUCCCUUCUUCCAGAACUCUGGUAUUGCCAAUGGUUUCACCAUCAGCUUGAUCACUUCUUGCAUCAACGUCGCCUCCACCUUCCCUGGCUUGUACCUGGUUGAGAAGUGGGGCAGAAGAAAGCUUCUGCUUUUCGGAGCUGCUGGUAUGGCUGUCUGUCAGCUUAUCGUUGCUGGUGUCGGUCUCAUGCCUACCUCCAACCAUGCCGCCCAGAGCGCUCUCGUGGCCUUUGUUUGUAUCUACAUCUUCUUCUUCGCCUCUUCCUGGGGACCCUGUGCUUGGGUUGUUACUGGUGAGAUCUUCCCUUUGAAGGUCAGAGCCAAGUCCCUCUCUAUGACCACCGCCUCCAACUGGCUCCUCAACUGGGCCAUUGCCUAUGCUACGCCCUACAUGACGAACGCGAUCCACACCAACGUCUUCUGGCUCUGGGCUGCAUUCUGCUGCAUGUAA